AUGACAAUUAGCGCAGUCGCGCUUGCGAGCACGUUCGCAGCACUAGCCGACUGGGAGCCAAGACCGGCGCCGUCAAUUGCCGUUUCGCGUGACGUGCUGAGUCACGGCCCCGUGAAGGAGGCGUUGGACGUCAUAGACGACGCAUUCCAGACAUGGGGCCAAGAUCGGGUUUCUCUCAGCUUCAAUGGCGGCAAAGAUUGUACCGUCCUCCUCCACCUCGUUUCCGCAAGCUUGGGCCGUCGCACCCCCUCCCCGAAGCCCCUUACCGCCGUCUACAUUCCCGUUCCAUCCCCGUUUCCCCAAUUGGAGGACUUCAUUCACGAUGCGGCAACGGAGUACAACCUCUCUCUCUUCGAAUGCCCGAUGAGGAUAGCCUUGAGCUUGUACAAGUCACGCUUCCCAGAGGUCGAAGCGAUCAUGAUUGGUACGAGGAGGACCGAUCCGCACGGAGCGAAACUGGGAUACCGCAACCCCACCGACGCCGACUGGCCCCGCUUCGUGCGCGUGAACCCGAUCAUCAACUGGUCGUAUGCAGACGUCUGGUCCUAUCUCCAGAAGUUCAACGUGCCAUACUGUAGUCUGUAUGAUGAAGGGUAUACUUCAUUAGGAUCGACCUACAACACUUUCCCCAACCCGGCGUUGCGGCACCAGAAUUCAUGCACUUGCAGUGGUAACUCGGCGGCGAGACCCAACGGAAUCGCCGUUCCUCCUACAAUCGCGAAUGACACGCCCAUGAAUUUGUCUCCCACAACUUCCUCUCCAGUUCCCGAGCACACGUUGAACGGGACGCGCGCCAGCAGCACGAAGGUCCCAUAUACGCCACUCCCUCACCGCGACACACUGGAGGAAUUGGUCGAACCCGGCCUUGGCCCCCCAGCGCUGGCGAAGAAUGGCGUCAACGGACAUCAGACAGCGGUGGGGGCGGCACCAACGGCGUGCACAUGCAAGCCCAGGUUCAGGCCGGCGUAUGAGUUGGUGGACGGUUCGUUGGAACGGGCGGGACGGGCGAGCGGGCCGGCGCAGAUGGUGAAAGCGGGUCCUUGA